AUGCGUUUCUCUCGUAUUCUGUUCCCUUUGGCAUUGGCCCCCUUGGCUCUAGCUGCCCCCGAGCCUCGUCCCAAUCCUGUCGCUGCGCCGGCCCCAGCCGCCAGUGCUGGUCUACUGGAGGAUCUACCCGAACUCCUGAACGGCGUUCAGGGCCUCUUGAGCACCGACAAUAUCAACAAGCUGGAUACGAUCCUCGACGGUGCGGCCAAGUUGCUCUCCGCCGAUAAUAUCGAUAUCUUGCAGGAUAUCUUGACCAACGCCCACAGCUUGUUGACCAAGAGCUUUGUCGAUAACACGACUACCCUUAUUGGGGAUGCCACACCGCUGGUCGAGGAUGUUUCCAAGCUUCUGGGUGGUAUAUUAGGAUCACUAUGA